AUGGUCUUGAAGGCUCUUCUUACAUUUGCAACCCUUGGGCUCGCUCAAGACUACCCCGUCGUCUCUCUGUUCAUCCCCAAUGCUGACCCGCAGUCUUUAGUGGGUGCCGUUGUGCAAGAGAACUCAGCAACCACAACCUACAGUAUCAACUGUCCACCUGGUACCAAUUCUACAGAUUGUGGCAUGGGACCUGGUAUGCUUCUGACCACGGCCGCCACGAGUGUCGAGUACUUGAUCAGCGGUGGAGUCAAUGAUGUAUAUGAUCACGUUAUCUGUUCUAUGACCGAUCCUACUAGUGCAGAUCGCACUUGCACAGGCACUGUCACCGGGAGCUCUGCCACCGCGCCUAGCACCAGCAUCUUGACUCUCAAUCAAGAUAAGGUCACAGCGUUGCCUGUUACCAUCACCUCCAGUGAGGCUGCUAUAAGGACAGACACCGCGGUGGGUGUUAAGGGUAGUGAGACGUCGUUGCAGUCUGCUACUCCCACUGGCGCCAAGAGCAACAGUGCUGGGAGUGUAUGUACUGGCAACACACGGCUCACUACGCUCGUCUUAGCAUGUGUCGCUGUCCAAGUGCUGGCGGCUUCGUUGUAA